CUCAUUGUGCAAUCUGAUGAAUAUAAUUAAGCAUGUGAUUGAUGAUCGGCUGCUGGUUUCCCAGUAAGACGAGAGUUAUUCUCUGGGUGGCCUCCCAUCUGUCAGUCUCUGAUGAGUUCUAACAUAACGGACAACAUUUAAACAGCUCCUCGUCUGUUUGAAACACCUUUAUUUUCUGAAUUUGACAGGGAAAACAAAGGUGAAGUAUAUUUUCGAAAGAUCUGAAGCCCAGUGGAACAGUUUUAUUGGCAGCGAGCAGAGAAUGGCUGAAGAAGACUCAAAUGUACCUGAUUUAGUUGAAACUGAUAACACAGUGACCAGUGAAAACCAACCAGAAGUGGUCGAUGAUGUGGAAGGGGCAGGAGGUGCCGUUCAGUCAACAGAAGAAAAAGCCUCAUCGGGUGUGGUAAGCGAAUGUGUUUUGACUGACAAUGUAACACCCAGCAAAGGGUCAAACUCAACUGCAGAAGAAUACAGUUCACCUUCAGGUGAGAAUGUUACAAGCACCGAGACCAUUGCAAGCAAUGAGGAAACUACUCCCAACACUUCACAUCAUGAAGUGAACAGUCCAGCUUUAGAAGUCAUCCCAUGUAUUGAGGAAGCCAGUUCAGCUGUCAAACAGGUUAUUACAACUGCUGAAGAAAUCACUUAUCCCGCUGCUGUGGUUUCUCCAGGUGCUGAAGAAGCCUGUUCGUCUUCGGAGUUAGCCGAGCAAUCUGCCGAGAUGAAUCAUUCCACUGCUGAUGAGACCACGUCUUCGCCUGCUGAACAGACUGCCACGCCAGUGCAGGAGACAGUUGCAACUCCGGAGAAAGCACAUCAGUCUGCAGUGGAAACGGUCUUAACGACAGAGAAUGGUAAAUCAUUCACAGCAGGAACCUUUACUCCUGAAGUACCAUCUAUUCAGAGCUCCAGACCAGAAUCUGACACAAUGCUUUCAAGUCCUUCAACAGAAGAAGAAAUAACACCGCAGAAUAACACACCAGAAAACUCUGCUGAUGAUGCAAGGAGUGAAGCAGUGGAGAAUAUGAUCCUAUUACCACCAGAGGAAGACUAUAACGAGAAGGGAGAGCACAGCAAUGUAGCGAAUCACAAUGCCGGUGAGAUUGGUGAUGAUAUGGAGUCUGAUGAAGAAGAAAUUUACUCAGAAGAAUUCCAGCAAGGAAAUGACUUGGAGUCACCUUCAUCUAGUCCUAUCCAACCAGAGUCACCAACUAAUACUGAUUGUGUUGAGGAGCAAUCAGGAUCUUCAAGAAGACCUGACAUUGCCAAGCACAGCUACUCCAGGUACAAUACUGUCUCUUAUCGCAAGAUCAAAAAAGGAAUCACCAAGCAGCGUAUUGAUGAAUUUGAGUCGAUGUUACAAAUAACUUAAGCGUGGCAACAAAGCUGCAAAGAUAACCACUGUCUCCUGUUAUUAAAUUGAACUGAAUUAAUUGACCUAGAAAUUGAACAGUGCCUGCAAAGUCUCAGUAAUGGGCUGGUGCGCAGUAGGACAACAAACCUUUGUUUGAAGGAACAUCAUUGUACAUUGUGGGGAGUGAAUCCCAACAUUGUGGGGAGUGAAUCCUGCUCCUCUGCUGUACUGUUCUCUGCAAGUGUAAGGAUGCAUCUGUACAGCACAGGUACAGUCCCUACUUCCCACAAUGUCCGUGUCAAACAU